AUGUUUUUUACAAUGAAAAUUCAACCGAUUGAUUUUCAUUUGGAUGAGGAGAUGACUCGAGAUGAACCGGUGAAGCCGGUUGUCAAGUCGCGUCUGAAGAGGCUAAUCGAGCGGCAAUUCUCCGGUGUCCUGAGAAUUUCUGCUUCGGAGAAGUUUGGCGGUGAUCUGGAACCGCGUUUAUGCAAGGAAGGAUUUAACGGCGGUGGUGAUUUUGAACCGAGUUCAAUAUGUUUGGCGAAAAUGGUGACGAACUACAUCGAGGAGAAUAACGAGAAGCAAUCGGUUUCUGUAAAGUGUGGAAAAAACCGCUGUAACUGCUUCAAUAGGAACUGUGAAGAUAUCUCGGACGAUGAAUCAGAUGUGCGUUGCGGUUUCGACGGUUCAAACUCGAGCUAUUCAUCUUCUGAUGCAUCUGAAAUUCUCAAGGGUUUGGUAACUUGUAGAAACGUUGGUGAGAGAAAUCUUCUAGCGGACACUGCAAAGAUCGUUGAUAAGAACAGUAAGUGCAAACGCAAGGACAGUUUCUGCAGAAAGAUUGUUACCGAGGGAUUAUUAGCUCUCGGAUACGAUGCAUCCGUCUGUAAAUCUCGCUGGGAAAAAGCAUCUUCAUAUCCCGCUGGGGAAUAUGAAUAUAUAGAUGUGAUGAUGGAGAAUGAACGGUUGAUAAUUGACAUUGAUUUCAAAUCAGAAUUUGAGAUUGCUAGGUCUACUAAAUCGUACAAGACGAUUCUGCAGAAUCUUCCAUACAUAUUCGUUGGAAAUUGCGAUAGAUUGCAGAGCAUUGUGACGAUUGUAUCCGAGGCGGCGAAGCAGAGUUUGAAGAAGAAGGGAAUGUAUGUUCCGCCGUGGAGGAGAGCUGAAUACGUUAAUGCUAAGUGGCUUUCAGCUUACACUAGAAUGAAUGUGCAUGUGCAAAAACAAAAUAGUUUGAAGGAAAACUGUGUUGCUGAGAAUUCCGGCUAUUGCGGCGAAUGGAAGCCGCCGGAGUUGAAGCCGAAGGGAUCAUUGAAUGGGGUUAGAGUGGUGACUGGUUUGGCAGUGGUUUUUGAGGAUGAUAACCCAUAG